AUGGAUCAGCUUCCAUCGUUUGAAGAGAUUCAUGAGGCUGUUUUCGAUUUGGGAGCGGAUAGUGCUCCGGGCCCGGAUGGCUUUGCGGGUUUUUUCUACAGACACUGCUGGGAAAUUAUUCGUGAUGACUUGAUUUUUACUAAGAUCCUUGCUACACGUUUGGGGAGUGUGCUGAGUAAUUUGGUUUCGGAGGAGAAAGUUGCUUUUAUGAAGGGUAGAAAUAUCCAUGAUAAUAUUAGCGUUGCUUCAGAGAUGGUUAAUGUGCUGAAAAUUAAACGUAAGGAUGAUAAUGUGGGUUUAAAACUUGAUGUUACUCAAGCUUUCGACACGGGUGAUCCUUUGUCUCCUUUGAUUUUUGUUUUGAUUGAAGAUGUCUUAACCAGAAGUAUCACAAAACUUUUUCGUGAGGGUCACAUGACAACUAUGGUCAUUAGAAAAGGUAUUUCUCCCACUCAUUUGUUUUUUGCUGAUGACAUGAUUUUCUGCAAGGGUAACAUGAAAAGUUUGCGAAAUUUGGUUGCUCUUUUGGGUUUUUAUCAAAGAGCUUGGGGUCAAGCUGUUAGUCGGGAAAAGAGCAAGCUCUAUUAUGGAGGUGGUUCUUUGCGAAGACGGGCAACUAUUGCUGAAUUCUUGGGUAUGAAUAUUGUAACCUUCCCAGAUAGAUAUUUGGGGAUUAAAGUUAUGCCUGGUGCUGUUAAAUAUCAUCACAUUAGUGAUGUGGUUGAGAAGAUUGAGGAGCAAUUAUCUGGAUGGAAAGGGAGGAUGUUAUAUUUUCAAGAUAGAGUGGUGCUAGUCAAAUCAGUAACCGCAAGUUAUUCAAUUCAUAAUAUGGCGGUUUACAAGUGGCCUGGAAAAUUUAUUCAUCAAUGUGAGGUAGCCAUUCACAACUUUUUGUGGUCGGGCGAUUUUCAGGUGAGUAGAUCUUUUGUUGUUGCUUAUGAUAAGAUAUGUGGUCCUUAUGAAUAA